AACAAGUUUGACAGCUCUCUAAGAUGACUUGGGGCGAAUAAUUGUUUGGCUCAGUCGGCAGACACAUCGCCCCGCGUCCGUGUUGAUUGCUAAAUGGAUAGCGUCAAAGCCGUGGAGUGGUCGCGGAGGUGAGCAGUGCUAAUCGACCUUUUGGGCUUAGUCUUAGCGACGUGUGGAUCUUCAACUCCAUCCAUCCAUCGCUUGCAUCUCCAGCCCAGCAUCUGGAUCCCUCCCGGCUUCCCUCUUACCUCACACAUCCUUAUCGUCAUCCGUUACCAGUCUCCGGUGCGACUCUCGCUCUCGUCCUCACCACAUCCGCUGCCACGACCGCGACCGUCAUCCUUUGUUGCACCAACGCGCGCGCGCCUCUCGUCCCUGAGCCGACGACACGAACCAUCCGCCGAGUCUCCCCUUUCGGCCUUGACGAUGCCCAUGUGCGGUGGAACAAAGUCUGUGCAGCGCAAGCUGGUGCUUCUCGGUGACGGUGCAUGCGGCAAGACCUCAUUACUUAACGUCUUCACAAGAGGCUACUUUCCAACAGUAUACGAGCCCACAGUAUUCGAGAACUACGUACACGACAUCUACAUCGACAACACACAUGUUGAGCUCAGCUUAUGGGACACCGCCGGGCAGGAGGAAUUCGACAGGCUACGAUCAUUGAGCUACGAUGACACGCACGCGAUCAUGCUCUGCUUUUCGGUCGACUCGCCGGAUUCGCUCGAGAACGUAGAAACGAAAUGGGUCGGCGAAAUAGCAGAAAACUGCCCUGGCGUUAAGCUCGUUCUUGUGGCACUCAAGUGUGAUCUGCGGAAGAAGGAAGACGACGACGCCGACGACCAGCAGCCCGAAAAGCCAUGCAUCGAUUACAACGAAGGACUGCGCGUCGCCGAGAAGAUCAAGGCACUGCGGUACCUGGAAUGUUCCGCCAUGAAGAACAGAGGUGUCAACGAAGCUUUCACUGAAGCCGCCCGUGUCGCUCUGCAAGUCAAGACCAGCAAAGACAAGAGCGGCGGCUGCACAAUCCUCUAAGCCAUUAAAGACUUCCGCCAUUGUUCCCAACCGUAUUCUGCCACGAACUACUCGGCCAAAUCGAACGCUACAUCAUGUCUGGAUAGACCCGCACUAUCCCACACUUCUUGUGAUCGCACCUCCGCCGUCAUGUUCGCAUCUUUAACAUCCUUCGUAUCUUCAUCCAUUGCUAGUUCUAUGCUUCUCAAGAAAAGGUAGCAAACUGUUUGGUGCUGGUCCAAGUCCAGUUGGAUAGGACGCAUACUCAGGACGGGAGUGCGAUCUGGCGAACAGUGCUCCCUGCAUAGACCUUCCCUCGAACCUUUAUACU